UCAUGCUGCGGCCAGGUCCAGAGUCUCUCAUGGGUCCCUGUACGGCCUCCCAUUGCUGCUGUCUCCAUCGCCACACUCUGCCAUGUGCCACUUUCAGGUCUCCUCACACUGCUGGUGUGUUCCAUUUUUUGUCAUAGGGUGCUGGCAGAUUACGGGCCUCCUAUAGCUGCUGCCAGGCCCCUAAUCUGCCAUGGGCCCCUAUACCGCCUCCUCAUGCUGCUGCCAGGUCCAGAGUCUCUCAUGGGUCCCUGUACGGCCUCCCAUUACUGCUGUCUCCAUCGCCACACUCUGCCAUGUGCCACUUUCAGGUCUCCUCACACUGCUGGUGUGUUCCAUUUUUUG